AGACGAUUAGUGAGAAGGACGAGAUUUCCACAGAUACUUGUGGCUUUGUUUCCUUCUCUUACCUUUCAGUUUCUCCCCUCCCCAAGUUUCCCCAAAUCAUGAAACCCUAAUUCAGCAAUUAACAACACUAAGAAAAUCGGUAUUAUCCUUUGCCUUCCCAUUCAGAUUCAACCGUUUCACAAACAAAUGGAUGGGAACAAAGAUGAUGCGUUCAAAUGCUUGAAAAUCGGUAAGGAGGCACUGGAAUCUGGUGAUAGAACUCGUGCUUUAAAGUUCAUCAACAAAGCUCGCCGCCUAGAUCCUACUCUUCCCGUCGACGAUCUCUUAUCAUCAAUAGAUAAGGAUUCUUCUUCCGAUCAAACGGCUGCGAGUACUGAUGCACCCGCCAGCACCACAACUCAUGAGUCUAAAGUUCGCCAGAGGGUUCCCUCAACUGGGUCGCCUUCUUCUGCCUCUGCUACUGCCUCAUCAUCCUCAACCACGUAUACGGAGGAGCAAAUCACGAUCGUGAGAGAAAUAAAGAAGAAGAAAGAUUAUUAUGACAUUCUGGGAUUGGAGAAGGCUUGCUCUGUUGAGGAUAUUCGAAAAGCGUAUCGGAAGUUAUCGCUUAAAGUCCAUCCUGAUAAGAACAAGGCGCCUGGAGCUGAAGAAGCUUUUAAAGCUGUCUCCAAAGCUUUCCAGUGUCUUAGCAAUGAAGAGAGCCGGAAGAAGUACGAUCUGACCGGGAGUGACGAACCUGUUUAUGAGAGACGCGCACCAAGGCGUCAUGGAGGAUACAAUGGAUAUUAUGAUGAUUUUGAUCCUGACGAGAUUUUCAGGCAAUUCUUCUUCGGAGGAAUGCCGCCUGCCACUACCCAAUUCAGAAGUUUCAAUUUUGGGGGAGGCAUGGGUCCGAGAACAGUUGAUAAUGCAUCUGGAUUUAAUAUGCGUGCGUUGAUUCAGUUGCUGCCUAUUCUCGUCAUCUUGCUUUUGAACUUUAUGCCGUCAUCAGAGCCAAUUUACUCGCUCUCCAGGUCAUAUCCUUAUGAGUACAAGUUCACUACUCAGAAAGGGGUUAAUUUUUAUGUGAAGAGUACCAAAUUUGAGCAGGAUUAUCCACCGGGCAGCGGGGAAAGGGCAACACUGGAAGGGAAAGUGGAGAGGGAUUAUGUGUCCGUUCUUGCACAGAAUUGCAGGUUUGAGUUACAGAGGCAGCAGUGGGGUUUUGUACGGGAGACUCCUCAUUGUGAAAUGUUGCAGCAGUUUCAGUCCGGGGCCUCAGCAGCCUGAUGAAAUGGAACUGAGGUUGAAUUUUAUAUAUAUUUUUUAGGAUUUACUAUUUUUCCAGCAGAGGUUACAGAUGAUGUAAUAUUGGUAGAUUAAGGCCCAAUAAGUAUUUGUUCCAAUA